AUGAGUUGCCCUAAUGACCAAAUUCCAGAUUGGUUGUUUGCCCAAUCCUUUUAUGCAUGGUUGUUUGAUGAGCACAAGUCCUCAUUUAAUGCAUCAUACAGUGAGACUAUCAAGGUUCUCACAAAACAGAUGGUUGCUCUAUCCAAACAAAUGGCCAUGAUAAGUAUACUGAGUAAUACUUCGUGCUCUUCAGCUUAUAACAUUUCUAUGUGUGAUACGUGUGGCGUUUCUGGCCACUGUUCAAGCACAUGCCCCCAAGUUUACAAGGAGGCAAAUGCUUUGUAUAGUAAGCCAAUAAACGAUCCUCUCUCUAACACAUAUAAUGCAGGCACUAAGAACUAUCCAAAAUUUUCAUACAAGAACCUUAAUGUGCUGAACCAACCACCAUAUCAACAACCAUACAAUCCACCAGGGUUCAUCCCACCACCCAAGCAGUUGAACCAUUCACCUCCACACCACCACCACCAUCAACCCUCUAAUGUUGAUACGCAAAUUCAAGAGUUAAGAAAUUUAAUGCAGGCACAUAUACAGUCAAGCAGUGCACAUAUGAAGAUGCUAGAGACUCAAGUAACACAAUUCUCUCAACAGCAGAAUAUGCGUGCUCCUAAUCAGUUUUCUAGCCAGCCUCAACAUAAGGGCAAGGAGCCUAGUAAAAUAAAUGUUGUGAUCGAGGUGGAAGGUAAGGAAUUGGCUGACACUCCUCUACAAGAGGUGUUUCUUGUGAAGCCAAUUGGUGAUACUAAGACUGAUACUAUUUGCUUUGAAUCUGGUAAAUUGAGAAAUGACAAUGAUAAUGGGAAGAAAUCAAAGUUAACUGGUAUUAAAAUUGAUUACGUCCUUUUCUGUCGAAAGUUGGCUCAAGUCAAACUUGAGAAUAAGUAUGGAAAGUUUUUUUUAAAUCACUCAAAGACAAUUCCCAAGUUAGGAGACCGUGGUAAUUUCAGUAUCCAUGAUACUAUUGGAGGUGUUUUCAUGAGCAAAGCUUUAUGUGAUUUGGGUGUAGGUAUAAGUUUAAUUCCAUAUUCAUUUUACAAGAAACUAGAAAAUGUUGGUAAACAGGCCCCUUAUGACAUUAAAAUUCAACUUAUCGAUCGUAGUCUUAUCUACCCUAAGGGAAUUUUGAUGGAUGUAUCAGUAGCAAUUGGAAGGUCUGUUGUCCCUUGUGACUUUUUAAUUAUAGAUAUGCCUGAAGACCCUAAGACCCCAAUCAUUUUAGGGAGACCAUGUUUGGAAACUUUUGGGACCGUGGUAGAUGUUGCUAAGGAUAGAAUUGUGAUGGAAAUAGGGGAUGAUAAGCAUGAAUUCAAUAUUGAUAAUUCCCUUGAUUUUGCUGUAUUUGUUGAAUCUUUGUCAUGCACCAAAGGGAGUGAAGAGGUGAUGAGUUGGGAAGAUAUUUGUAAUAACAAUUUUGAUCUAACACAUGAGUUGUUGCAAGAUAAUGAGUUUGUGCAGGAUACUAAGUUGCAAGAUGAAGAGCCAAUGCAUGAGGAAAAGGAGGUGACAAGGGAAAGCUCCACACCUCCCAAGGUAAUUUCUAGUGAACUUUUAUCCAUAAAGAGUGCUAACGUUGUCCCCAAAAAAAUCACAAAAGGAAAUGUUUUUAAAAAGAAGUUUUGUAAGAGAAAGAAAAAGCAAAGGCUUGUUGGGGACAAUAGUUUUAAAAGUGUUGAUCUUGUUGACGAUGAUACUACUUGGUAG